AUGUCGAUUCCCAACGAAGCUCUCCAGAAGCUCUUCCAGGAGAUUGAGACCCGUGCGAUCUCCUCGCAGCAGCAGAUCAGUAUCACCAAGGCUCAUAUGACGGCCAAGCAGCGCGAUAUCCGCAUGCUACAGCUUACAUCGAAGGAGUUGUCUGAGUUGCCUUCUGAUACGAAUGUUUACGAGGGUGUCGGGAAAAUGUUCGUCAACGUUCCCGUCGGCAUAGUCAACAAGCGUCUUGUGCGCGAGAGUGGCGAGGCCACCGCUGAGAUCUCCAACCUCGAGAAGAAGCUGCAAUAUCACGAGACGACGAACCAGAAGAGUCGUGAGAACUUGGAGCAGAUUCUCAAGUCUGGGAGGGCGUGA